AUGUCGGACAAAACCUAUGGAGUACACAUGCUGGGGCUGCCUGAAGUAUCCUUUGGGUCUUCCGGUGCUAGUUCUCUUGAGGCAUCAGGGCCACUCUCAUUGAUCAAAGGUCCGGCAGUGGGACCCAUAGCUAGACUCAUACCAGCCGAUCAGAGAUACUUUCAGUAUUUCAUACAGACAGCUUCACACUCCAUCACGUCUUUUGGACAUGAUGCUCCAAGGGUUCGGGAACUGUUGAUCCAGAUAGCCCUUUCGGACUUUUCACCUUCAUCUACAGCAGUUCUCAAAUCAGCUCUAGCACUCGCUUCCUUCCACCGCGCCAACUCACCUCAGACAACCGCCCAGUAUAAAGUAGCCGCUCUACGGGAACUAUCAGAGUCAACACAAGGCCGCAUCAGUGUUAUCGAUUCAGCCUGCCACAUAGCAGCUGGCAUGAUACUAAGCACGCUAGAGAUACAGCAAAACUCGAUGAAGUCGAGCCAUUGGCUAUGGUACGCUUGUGGCGCUGCCAAGAUCGUCAAGACAGCUGGGCUGGAUGUGGAUAACCUCGACCACGAUACAGCUGCUCUUGUAGGCUGGGUGCACUAUUAUAAUACUUUAUCUCGGUUCAGCUUGCGCCACUGGCAGCCACAUGUCACGUUUGAUCCCGAUGACGCUGCUGAUUCGUUUCACCCAGUUGUAUGCGGCAACGGACAGCCCGAAAGUCUUACAGGAGCGCCGCAUGAGAUAUUGUAUCUCCUUUCUGAAGCUUUCAACGCCGCGACAGUGCCCUCCGACCCGCGCUACGAAACGAAGGCUCAUAGAAGCCAUCUUGAAACACUAGAUUGGAAACUACGCAAUCUUGAAAAGAAAGCGCCGGACAACAACGCUUCUGCUGAUACAGCGCAUCCAGCAUUCGAUCUAGUGGUUGAGCUGUACCGCCUAUCUACCUUGAUCUAUCUCAGACGAGCAUCUGCAGGGAUUCUUCCACUAGAUCAAAAGUUCACAACGUGGGUCGGACAAGCAUUUGAGUUGCUUGAACGACUGCCUGCCUGCCAAUGGCCAUUUCCUUUACUCAUCUUUGGCUGCGAGGCAGAAAGCGAUAAGCAAAGAAUGAUCAUUCUGGAUAUUAUGGACAGGACGAGUGAGAAUAUGCAGUACAGAAAUAUCGCAACUGUUAAGAAAGUCAUCGAAACAGUUUGGGUGCAAAAGGACUUGUAUACUGAGGAGAUGAAUUAUGUUAGGAAGUUGGGUGUUAUUCUGAGCUCGACUCACAAGUCGGUACCAGCGUUUAUAUAG